UACGGAUUUUUUUUUAGCAAUAUGUCGGAAAACGAUGUCCCUUUUAAAACCGAAUAUGCCAAGUCCAAUAGAUCUUCAUGCAAGUCGUGUAAAUCUAACAUUGGCAAAGACUCCCUCCGAGUGGCCAGGAUGGUACAAUCUCCACAUUUCGACGGGAAGGUACCAAACUGGUUCCAUUUUUCAUGCUUCUUCAAAAAGCAAUUCAAACCUAAGAAUUUAGCAGAGAUAGCUGGGAUUGACGGCUUACGGUGGGAUGAUCAGGAAAAAUUCAGGGCCCAAGUGUAUGGGGGUGCAAGUGAUGUGCCAGAUACUACAGCGGCAGCAACCGUAUCAGUUGAGCAGCCAGACUUGUUAGCCGAGUAUGCCAAGUCAAGUAGAAGCACCUGUAAACAUUGUGAUGAACAGAUAGUUAAGGGAGAGCUUCGAUUAGCCAAAGUGAUGGAUGGUGAAAAGUAUGGUCCUGUUCCUAAAUGGCACCAUGUGCCUUGUUUCCUAAAGGCCAUGCCUGAUCUGGACAUCUCUGGUAUUCUUACCGCUCAACACUUCACUGGAUUUCAAAAACUUGGAAAGGAUGACCAGAAACUGCUUAUAGACAAGUUCGGGUCACAAAAACAAAUAUCAAAGAAAAAAGGAAAGAAGAGAUCAUUAGAGGCGUCUGCUGCAAUGCCUGUCAAAAGUGCAUCAGAAGAAAAGGAAGAACAACAAUUAAAGGAACAAAGCGAAGCGAUCUGGAAAAUACGUGAUGAGUUGAAGACAAACUGCAGUCUGUCUGAACUGAGGGAGAUGCUUGAGGACAAUGAAAUUAAUCCCCAAGGUGGUGAAACAUCUGUUUUUGAUAGAUGUUCUGAUGGAAUGCUGUUUGGAAGACUAUUGCCUUGUCAUGAGUGUCAUGGUGGGAUGCUUGUCUACAGGAGUGAUGGUUACCAUUGCACAGGUAACGUUUCAGGGUGGACAAAGUGUGCCUUUACCACCCAGGAUCCAAAGAGGACCAAGUGGGUGAUAUCCAAAGAACUUAAGAAAACUAAUGACUUCUUAAAGACAUUUAAGUGCAAAGAAAUGAAGAGAUUAUUCCCCAAGCUGACAGCAAUUCAACCGGGGGCUAUUCCAGCAAAGCCUCUAUCCAACAUGAUGGUGGCUGUGAUUGGAAAGUUGAAGCGCACCAAGGCAGAUGUUGCAUCAUGUGUUGCACAACUUGGUGGGACAACUAUGGACAGAGUAACCAGUAAAGUAGAUUGUUGCAUAAGCACCCAAGCUGAAGUAUCAAAGUCCUCUAAGAAAAUGAAAGAUGCUGAGAAGUUUAACAUCCCUGUAGUGUCCGAGGACUUCCUCGAUGCCAUCAAAGAUGGAGAAUUUAAUUCAAAUAUAACAAAACAUAGUCUUGUAUCCUGGGGAAAAAUCAAGGCACUUGAUAUUGUGGAUGGUCCCUUGCCACUCAGACGCAAAGCUUCAGACUCCAAGUAUGAGUUAGGGGCUUCUCAGCCAAAGAAGGUGAAGCUUUCUGUGAAAGGAGGUGCAGCAGUCGACCCUGCAUCAGAAAUGGAAGAUGACUGCCAUGUCCUGGAAGUCAAAGGAGUGGUAUACAGUGCAACACUCGGCAUGGUGGACAUUAGCAGAGGCACUAACUCUUACUACAAGCUCCAAGUCUUAGAAAAGGACAAAAGCUCCAGGUGCUACUUGUUCCGUUCCUGGGGGAGAGUUGGUACUACGAUUGGUGGUAGUAAAUUAGAGGAUUGUGGCAAUUCUCAAAAUAGUGCUGUUCAGUCAUUUGAGGAACUGUAUAGAGAAAAGACAGGCAACGAGUGGAGCGAGCGAGACAACUUUGUCAAACAUCCAAACCGCUUCUACCCCUUGGAGAUUGACUAUGGGCAGGCACACGAGGAUGUGGUCAAAGCAAAAAUUGAAAUGGGCAGCAAGAGCAAAUUACCAUCACAGAUACAAGAGCUGAUCAAGAUGAUCUUCGAUGUUGAAUCUAUGAAGAAGACACUUAUCGAAUUUGAGAUUGACUUGAAGAAAAUGCCUCUUGGUAAACUCACAAAGAGGCAGAUCGAGAAGGCUUACAGCGUUCUAGGCGAAGCCCAACAAAUCCUGAGUGAAGCUGCUAGCAAGACUGCUGUACUUGAUGUGUCCAACAGGUUCUACACCCUUAUCCCACACGACUUUGGCAUGAGGAAACCUCCUUUGCUCGACAACCAAGAACUUAUCAAGACGAAAAUUGAGAUGCUUGACAAUCUCAUUGAUAUUGAAGUGGCAUUCAGUCUGCUCCAGAGUUCAGAUGGCGAAGAUGCUGAAGAUCCCAUCGACAUAAACUACAAGAAACUGAAAACUGACAUAGAGGUACUGGAUCACAAAUCUGCUGAAUUCGGCCUCAUUUCCGAGUACGUGUCCAACACGCACGCGGACACUCAUCGUCAAUAUGAACUCGAGCUGCUAGAUGUGUUCAAAAUCAAGCGUGAAGGUGAAGAAGCCCUGUUCAAGCCAUUCAAACAACUGCACAAUCGUCAGCUUCUUUGGCACGGAUCCCGCACCACGAAUUACGCUGGGAUACUCUCGCAGGGCCUGCGUAUAGCCCCUCCCGAAGCACCAGUGACCGGGUACAUGUUCGGCAAAGGCGUCUAUUUUGCAGACAUGGUUUCAAAGUCAGCAAACUACUGCUGUACAUCUCCAUCAAACAACAUUGGUCUUCUGCUCCUAUGUGAAGUUGCUCUAGGAAACAUGCACGAACUCAAACACGCGAGUUUCAUCAAGAAGGUCCCCAAAGGGAAACAUAGUGUCAAAGGUCUUGGAAAAACGGCCCCCGAUCCCAGUGCUACACACACGUUUGAAGAUGGUACCAUUGUCCCUAAAGGUAAAGGAUGUCCUGCGCCUGUCAAAGAUUCAAGUUUGUUGUAUAACGAAUACAUUGUCUAUGACACCGCGCAAAUUAACAUGAAGUAUUUGCUCAAAACAAAGUUCAAGUACAAAUAUGGCUGGUAAAAGAUUCCGCUCUUAACGUCCAUAUUACGCGGAAAGCUGUAGUAUUAGGGCUUUAUAGUAGUUAUUUUAUUCAGUCACAGUCGCAAAUUAACAUGAAGUAUUUGCUCAAAACAAAGUUCAAGUACAAAUAUGGCUGGUAAAAGAUUCCGCUGUUAACGUCCAUAUUACGCGGAAAGCUGUAGUAUUAGGGCUUUAUAGUAGUUAUUUUAUUCAGUUACAGUUGAUAGAUGCCAUCUAAAGCUCCAUGGUCAAAUGUUUUCAAUAUUUAGAUAAAUAUUAUAUUAAUCCACUUUCAAUUCAUCAUCAUCAACCAUAGACAGUCAUCACAGGCAGAUGGGAUAUCCGCUAUUUUAAUAGAUUUGUUAUUGUUCUGAAUUCCAAAUGAUAAGGUUGUCUAGAUCAAAGAAAACGUGUUGGGAAUCACGUAAAAUGUAUCCCACUUUGCGUUAACACAUAAUAAAAACAAUUGUUUGUUUUUAAUAAUAAAAACAAACAAGCUCAUGA